AUGCGCCGCUUUCGCUCCCCUCGUCAACCGCCGUUUAAUGACUCGGACGAUACAAACCCUUCUUCGAGCGAGCCAGCGCAAGACACAGCCUCAGAUAUUUUCUAUCCCGGUUUAUUUGAUGUGUUCAAGGUUCGGCAUAUUUUGAGAUGGAAGGUCAUCUCGGAAGGGUUGCCAAUGGAGAUUGUGGACAUGAUUAUGGAGGCUGCCGAAUACUGGCCCUCAAUCGAGGCUAGGAUGGACACAAGGACGAUUAUCAGACAGGAUCAUGACCGAGAGCUGCUACGAACGGCACCGUUGUGUUAUGAUGAGGCGACACUGGGAAGCGGAGCCCCAAAUUCACUUCCUCAUCAGACCAUACAUCCCUGUCGCAAGAUUGUUUUCACAAUCUUGUCUCAUGACCAAGGCUGGGGUGGCGGUCCUAGAGGUGAAAGCCCCUACGAUGGGUCAUAUACCUGGUUCGAUGUCGAGAUCAUACACGCGAUCCCUCAAAAUGGCAGCAACCAAACAGAUUCGCAAGCGUCCGCCCAGCCCGCUGGCCAAGAGGAGCGUCAGGAACCGAUCGGUCCCCAGCACUCACAUUUCUUGCCAGGCCCCGGCAAACUUCAGAUGAAUAAGACCGCAGUAUCACAGACACAAGAAUAUACAAUCACUUGGCACUACCUUGACAACAUCCAAGCUGAAUCUGCUGACGCAGAAGAUAUUGAGCGUUCGCAAGGUCGUGGUAGGGCGACUCUGGAUGGAAAUGUAGUCCGGACCUUGGGCGUGGGAGACUCCAUUGCUGUCUGGGGACGAGCCCGAUUUCCAGGAUGGUCAAACCAUGUCGAAUUUAUAUCUGUUCGGGUAUUCUGGGCCGUGUAA